CUUGUGCUGGUUGGAGCUCACUGGACAAAUGAAGAUGUUAACGUUGGGGCUUAUGCUCUUGAGCAGCUCCCUCUGCACCGCUGCACCCACACAUCACACGGUUGGCUCUGGGAGGAACAAGUUACUGCUUAUCUCAUUUGAUGGUUUUCGCUGGGACUAUGACCGCGAGGUGGACACCCCAAACCUGGAUAAAAUGUUCCAAGAUGGAGUGAAGGCCCGAUAUGUGACCCCUCCAUUCCUCACCAUCACCAGCCCGGCCCACUUCAGCAUGCUCACAGGACGUUAUGUCGAGAACCAUGGAGUAAUUCACAACAUGUGGUUCAACACCACUACUCAAGAGAAGAAACAGUACUACGAUGCCCAGUUUGUUGACUCAUACUGGGACAAUGGUAGCCUGCCCAUCUGGAUAACGGCACAGAGACAGGGUCUUAAAACCGGUUCUCUGCAUUUUCCUGGGACAGCUGCAACUUACCAAGGAGAGACAGCAAUGUAUCGGCAGAUCGAACCCCAGUUCUACAAUCACUCAAAUGAAACCGAAUGGAGAAUCAACAUCGAUAAGGUCCUCAUCGACUGGUUCCAGAAGCAAAACUUGGACUUUGUCACAUUGUACUUUGGUGAGCCAGAUUUAACAGGACAUAAAUAUGGACCAGAUUCUCCACAGGUGAAGGAAAUGGUUCAACAGGUUGACCGAACAGUGGGCUACAUCCGAGAGAGGCUUCAGCAACUUGGGUUGACUGAAAAAAUAAACGUGAUCAUGACUGCGGACCAUGGCAUGACCAAUGUACUGAAAGGUGAGCAAAUCCAGCAAAUCCUCCUGUCCAAGAUCCCAAACUUCAGUUUUCGGGACAUACAAUUCCAGCUCCUCGACUAUGGAGCUUUGGGAAUGCUGCUGCCUAAGGAGGGGAAGUUGGAGAUUGUGUACCAAGCGCUGAAAAACAGUCACCCACAUCUACAGGUUUACAAGAAACAUGAUGUCCCAGCCAGACUGCACUACAGCAGCCACCCACGCCUCCUGCCCCUCAUUCUGAUCUCAGACACAGGAUAUGUCAUCAAUGGGUUGUUGCCACUGCAAAACAACAAAGGAGACCAUGGCUUUGACAAUGAGAUCUUGGAUAUGAAGGCCUUCUUCAGAGCAGUUGGUCCAGACUUCCAUAAGAACCUGCUGGUGGAGCCCUUUGACUUGGUAGAUGUGUAUCCACUCAUGUGCCACCUUUUGGGGAUAGAACCGGAGGUCAAUGAUGGACACCUGGAGAGGACCAAAGCCAUGCUGGUUUCUGAAGGAAACACAGGGUUUAAUAACAGUGGGGUACCCAGGACACUGGUGACAGUCCUCUCAGCAGUUGUGGGCCUUUUUUUACUCAUCUUCAUCAUCACUGCCACGUACCACAUCUGGAAAAGGACCAAAGACUGACCACAGGUUCAAACUGACAUGAAGUAAUUUGCACUUACUGCAAUGUCUCUAAGUGUAGUUAUUUUUAGGACUGUGAAAUGAAUCAUUAUUAUUCACCUUUACAGCUGUGUAUCCAUGUCAUAUUGUUGUAUAUUUGUGUCUAACCUUCUUCAGAUUUUAAGAAAUAUAAAUAAAA